UACAAUGCGAACGUGCGUCUUCUUUUUCUGUCUACUAUUCGUUAUAUGCCUUGCAAGACGAGAUGCCAAUCAGAAGCUGAAGGCAUGCUGUGCUCGACAGAAAACCGCUGACAAAAUGUGCAAAAAGAGGUUCUGUGAUUUUGAAGCCAUUCACCAAGGAAAUAUGCUUCACUAUUUGAACACAUGUGGUCCAAAAAAUCAGACUGUGCAGUUGAUGUGGGAUUGUGCAUCUUCAAGAGCCGAUCAUACAGAGUGUUGCAAGAAAAAUAACGUUCUUCCGGCAUGUCUUCCAUACUGUGCAGCACAAGGAACUGUACCGAAUGAGCAAGUGACACAUGUAUUCUGUAUGCAAAACUUCAACAAUAUCCGCGAAUGUUUCCGUUCUCACCUUGAAAAGAGACCUAAUAUUUUUGGAGAUAAUUGAUUAGUGCGGGAAUUAUGUUAUUUGUGAAGAUUAUUUUGAUAUUUAUUGAUAAAAACAAACUGUA